AUGUCCACACCCGAGAUCAUCAGCUAUUACGGUUAUCCAGUGGAGAUCAUCACGGUGACCACCGAUGAUGGAUACAUUCUCGCGUUGCAUCGGAUUCCUUUCGGGAAAAAUGAAACCAAAAAAACGAGGAACCCAAAUCGACCGGUGAUUUUCCUUCAACAUGGCCUCCUUGCGUCGAGCGCUGAUUUUGUCGCCAAUCUCCCGCAUCAAUCACUUGGUUUCAUGCUAGCCGAUGCGGGUUUUGAUGUUUGGUUGGGGAAUUCUCGGGGAAACUUCUACUCGCAAAGACACACAAAAUUCGACUCCAAUUCGCCAGCUUUUUGGAAUUUUACGUGGGAUGAGAUCGUCGCCUACGACAUGCCCGCACAAGUCAAUCGGGUUUUAGAGAUCACCGGAGCCUCAAGCCUUCACUAUGUCGGUCAUUCACAGGGCACAAUGGUGAUGUUCGCUCGGCUCGCCAACUAUCCUGAUUUUCAUUCAAAGAUCAAAAGCUUCUUCGCGUUGGCUCCAGUGGCCACUGUCGGCAAUAUCAAGGGACUCUUGAGAAUCAUUUCUGAUCACUUCCAGAAAGAAUUGAGGUGGCUGAUUGAGAUGCAGGGUGAGCAUCAGUUCUUGCCAACCACUUGGUUCUCGCGGAUGACGGCGCGGAUAAUUUGCGGCACAUUCGCCAUGUUGAACCCACUGUGUCAGAAUAUUCUCUUUCAGAUUGGUGGACCGGAGAACAAACAGUUCAAUGUGAGCCGUAUCAUGGUUUACAUGUCGCACACUCCGGCAGGCACCUCCACCUCGAAUAUUCUGCAUUGGGCGCAAAUGGUGCAAAGUGGGAAGACACAAAUGUUCGACUAUGGAAGCGCGCAGAAAAAUUUGUGGCGAUAUGGACAGGAAACCCCUCCCGCAUACAAUAUGUCGACGUUCGUUGAGCCGACUUAUCUCUAUUAUGGAGACGCCGAUUGGUUAGCCGAUGUGAUUGAUGUUGAAGCUUUAGUGAGCGAGAUGAAUCCUGAGU